AUGUCGAAAUAUUUCAUCAUUAUUCUACUUCUGAUUGCAAUUAAUAUCGCACCUACAAAUGCCGUAAUACGUGUUUGCAAUGAUGGUGCCUACAUCGCAAAAUGCUACCUAGAAUCCCGAUCGCUUAAUUUUGGAUUUCGGGUCCGUCGUCAAGAUACAGGACUAUUUCCUGUUGCACAAUGCGCAACAAUGAACGUGCCUGUUGAAGCUUUCUGGAAUCGAUUAGAAUGUAAAGAGUUGGUAUUUAUUGCAAUAUACAAAAAAUUACUGGAACAACAUUAG